AUGGCAUUCAAAGCAGUAGUCAUGUAUCCGAACGAACCGGACGCCACCUUCGACAACACCUACUACAAGGAGAAGCACAUGCCCCUGGUCGAACGGAUCUGGGGAAAAUACGGCUUGACCACGUGGCACAUCCAGAAAUACACCACCGCCCUGGACGGAACGCCAUCGAAGUAUUCGAUCACGACUACCUUGGAGUGGAAGAGUGAAGAUGCAGUCCAGGAGGCUCUGAAGGAUCCCGAAAGCCCUCUGAUCUUCCAGGAUAUCCCGAAAUUCACCAACACGCAGCCGAUCACUCUCCUCGGAGGGCCUCUUUAA